CUUUCAAAAAAAUGCUAGUGGGUUUGUCCUUGAUAAUAUUCUUGAGUUGAAAAUCUCUUCUCCAUCUCUUCCCUGUUUCUCAUCAAAUUAACUGAAAUCCUCGUUGUUUCAGAGAUCACUCUUCUUCUUGAAUUCUCCCUGAUUCACUUCCAUGCUUCAAUAGCUUUCUCUUCCUUUUUUCUCUUCUGAUUGGAUUUGAUGAAGUGGGAAAUGGAUAUUCUCUCAUCUUCUUCUCAUAUCUCAAAUCCCACUUGGCUCAUUCAAGACGCCAUGAACACAACAAAAUGGACUCCUUCAGAGAACAAACUGUUUGAGAAUGCUCUGGCAGUGUAUGAUAAAGACACACCAGAUCGGUGGGUGAAAGUUGCUGCAAUGAUACCUGGGAAGACAGUAGGAGAUGUGAUUAAGCAGUACAGAGAAUUAGUAGAAGAUGUUAGUAACAUAGAAGCUGGAUUGAUCCCAAUUCCAGGUUAUAACAGUAGCACCACAACCUCACAAUUCACCUUAGACUGGGUUAACUCUUCUGGAUUUGAUAACUUCAAAUCACAUGGUGGAAAGAGAUCCUCAUCAGGGAGACCCCCUGAACAAGAAAGAAAGAAAGGUGUCCCAUGGACAGAAGAAGAACAUAAACUGUUUCUUCUGGGUUUGAAGAAGUAUGGGAAAGGAGAUUGGAGGAACAUAUCGCGCAAUUUCGUGGGGACUCGAACACCAACUCAGGUGGCUAGCCAUGCUCAGAAGUACUUCAUAAGGCAGCUUUCAGGGGGGAAAGACAAGAGAAGAGCAAGCAUUCAUGAUAUAACAACAGUGAAUCUGUCAGAAACCACAAGAACACCUUCUUGUUCAUCUUUAGAAGACAACAAAAAUAACAGCAGCAAAAAUGGAUGUAACACAAAGCAGGAGGCAAAUCCGAGUACUACUUUAGGUCAAGCACAUUUUCAAUGGAACCAGGCAAAUUCAGGAGGAGGAACUAUGGGGUUUAAUCCUUAUGGGGUUAACUCUUAUGGGAUGAAAAUGCAGGGUCAAAAUCUGCAUAGAAGUGAUCUUUUUAAUAAUCAUGAUUCUUCCUACUUUGGACCUCAAACUCAGAACAUGGUUUUCCCAAUGCAUUCUUCUGCUCACUACUUUUCUCAUGCUUUAUAGUUAAUUGAUAUAUGGCUCUUGUAUUGAAUCUUUAAUGGCUACAAUCAUUACUCCCCCCACUUUUUUUUUUUGGUUCAGUACACUAUGUUUUCUUACAAGUUCUGUGUGAAUACCAUAAGUUGGAAUUUUGAGUAAA